UUGAUGUUAACAUGGCGGCUAUGAAUGUUCACGUUUCGUUAGUUUUAUUAAUAAUAGUGAUAUUAGCGCAGCUAAGUUUCGCUCAAAGAUCCCCAACGAUAUCCUACAUAACACAAACCCAAAUCAAAGAUAUCGGAGGAACGGUGGAACUAUUAUGUUCAGUACAAUACACCCAAGAUUACUCCGUAAUAUGGAUGAAGGUCGACAAAGGUCAAACCAGUUUACCCAUAUCAUCAGGUAGUUCGCUGAUUUUACACGAUUCGAGGUUUUCCCUUCGACAUGACCCCAGCAGUUCUACGUUCACUCUUCAAAUCAGGGACAUCCAAGAGACUGACGCCGGCUACUACCAAUGCCAAAUCCUCAUAUCGCCUAGUAACAUAGUCACUGCCGAAGUGGAAGUGCAGGUGCGCAGGCCUCCCUUCAUUUCGGAUAAUUCCACUCGAUCGGUAGUGGUAUCCGAAGGGGAAGCGGUUGACAUGGAAUGUUACGCCGGGGGUUACCCGCCGCCGAGGAUCUCCUGGAGACGCGAAAACAACGCCAUUUUACCCACCGGCGGUUCCAUUUACAGAGGGAACUUGUUGAAGAUCAAAUCGAUUCGCAAAGAAGACCGAGGUACUUAUUACUGCGUGGCCGAGAACGGCGUGGGAAGAGGCACGAAACGAAAUAUCGCUGUGGAAGUGGAAUUCGCUCCGGUAGUGACCGUUCCGCGUCCUCGACUGGGUCAAGCUCUCCAGUUCGACAUGGACUUGGAGUGUCACGUUGAAGCUUACCCACCGCCCGCCAUUAUUUGGGAAAAGGACGACAUCACGUUGUCUAAUAACCAGCAUUACAGGAUCUCGCACUUCGCCGUAGCCGAUGAGUUCACGGACACCACUCUGAGGGUGAUCACCGUGGAGAAGAGGCAGUACGGCCAGUACGUUUGCAAGGCCGCCAAUAAAUUGGGUACGGCCGAGGGUAGAGUGGAGUUGUUCGAAACCAUCAUACCUGUUUGCCCGCCUGCCUGUGGUACUGCCGGAUAUGCCGGAGCUGCUGCGAUAUCGACUAGUACUGCUGCUUUGUUACUUACGUUGAUUAUAUACGUAUUUAGAAACUUCAGAGCCAAACAGUAAUUAUCCAGGGUUGAUAUGGCUGAAUUUGGCUAUUAAGAAUCUCCCGGCAGCUUUAAUGAUUCUCUUCAACACAGCAAUCUUAUUGCUUGCCUAGGAUUGCACUCUUUACUUAAUAAGAAAUAUAUAUGAAAUUGCACUUAUUACCGCUAUCACUAAAUUGUUUCCCUAAUUAAAUGGGUCAUUAGAAAGAGGUUUAUUUUACGAGGGUAAGGUGAAAAGUUCUCGGCCUGAAUCAUUUAAAACUGUCUAGAGCCAUUUAGAACACUCCGUAGUCAUUUAGAACUGUUUAAAACUAUUUAGAGCGCUCCCGAAUCAUUUAAAGCUAUCUAAAACCAUUUAGAACUGUAUAGAACGGUCCUUAAUCUUUUCGAACUAAAAAUUUUAAUUUUAUAAGAAGAAUAAUGUAAUUUUUCAACUGAAAAUCGCGGUCUUUCAUGGUCAUGCCGAGAACUCUUCACCCUACCCUUGUAAAUAGUUAAUAAUAGAUACAAAGUUUCAAUUUUAAAAAUAUUAGGGUUGUUGAGUGCAAAUUCACGAUAUAGUUAACCUGAUAAUCUCUUUUCAUUAGUGAUCUAAUAUCUAAAUGGUGCAUUUACAACUUGGUAGGGUUAAUACCAAUAUUUUUUUAAUGAAAUUUUUGAAUGGGAACAAAUGGGAAUUUUUGACCGAAUCUCGAGAUGAAUCUCAAUAAGAAUAAUAUUUUAGGAUAGUUUUAGCUUUUUACACGUUUUUAUACAAUUUUGUACUUUUUAUAUACAAAGACUUUUGCACAAUUUUAUUUUGUACGAACAAAUAUAAACGAAGAGAUAUAUUAUUAAUUAGGUAAUAUAUUAAGGUUUGUCAAUACUUAACAACGAUAAGUGUAUAUUUUAUUAAACAAAAUACGUUUUGCAAUUAAGUUGAAAUUCGCUCGUAAAAAUUCAUUAGAUUUUGCUAUUUCUAGAGCCAAGUUAAUUUUUUUAUGAACGCUUUUCGACGAAUAAUUAAUUGUACAUAUUUUUCGAUUAAAGUAGUUAGAUGGCCUAAGAAAGAAUAUUUUUACGAAUAUUUGUGUACUAUAGUAAGUUAUUUCGUGGUUUGAUUUGCUAUAAAAACCCGAUCGUAAUAUUGGAGAUUUUACUAGAAUGAUAUUUUUUAAAUGCUUUUUUGAACAAUUUUUUUUUAUUUAAUUUAGGUAUACGUGAAUUUCACUACACCGCAUUAAAAUCCGAAUUAAUUUCAAACUUUAUCGAAUAAUAAUCGAUCAUUCCUAUUUACAGACUAACUGAAGUGAAAAAUUUGUGUAAUUCGUCC